AUGUGGCCGCUGCAGGCUGCGGGCUGCGGCCACUCCGGGCUUCACGGCGCGCACACAGCCACUGCUCAGUGCGGCUGCGACGAGUGCGUGGUGUCGCGCCAGGAGGACUCGCUGCGCCACUCGCGGUCCCGCAUCAACGCGUACCGCGCGCUGGCCAGCCCCUCGCUCAUCGCGCUCUCCUCCAAGGACCCCAUCCUGACCGCCUUCGAGCUGUCCUGGGAGCUGCGCCGCCUCAGCUUCAUGGAGCACGAGUUCAAGUGCGAGUACCAGGAGCUGCGCAAGCAGUGCCAGGACUUCGCGACGGCGCUGCUGGACCACACGCGCAGCAGCUACGAGCUGGAGGUGCUGCUCAACCACGACCCCACGGGCCCGGCCUUCGAGCACGGCGAGCGCAUGCACCUCAACCGCCUCAAGCUGGCCAUCAAGCUGCGGCAGAAGAAGUUCGUGGCGCACCCGAACGUGCAGCAGCUGCUGGCGUCCAUCUGGUACGAGGGGCUGCCCGGCUUCCGGCGCAAGAACAUGGUGCUGCAGGCGCUGGAGAUCGUGCGCAUCGGCAUCCUGUUCCCGCUCUUCUCGUUCAUGUACGUCGUCGCGCCGCACUCCCGCUUCGGCCAGACGAUGCGCAAGCCCUUCAUCAAGUUCAUCUGCCACUCCGCCUCCUACUUCACCUUCCUCUUCCUGCUGAUCCUGGCGUCGCAGCGCAUCGAGUCUGUGAUCGGGGACUGGUUCGGCAACGACACCGAGCGCCGGCCGCAGCCGCGCCAGGUGGACGUGACGGCGAUGCGCGGCGGCCCGCCCUCCGUCGUCGAGUGCAUGAUCCUCGCCUGGGUCUGCGGACUGAUUUGGAGUGAGGUGAAGCAGCUGUGGGACGUCGGCCUGGAGGAGUACGCCAACGACAUGUGGAACGUAAUCGACUUCGUGACCAACUCGCUAUACGUGGCGACGGUGGCGCUGCGCGUCGUCGCCUACUACCAGGUGCAGAAGGAGCUGGCGCUCCGCAGGGAGACAGAGGGUCCAGCUCCGCGGGACCUGCCGCGCGAGGAGUGGGACACCUGGGACCCCAUGCUCAUCGCCGAGGGCCUCUUCUCCGCCGCCAACAUCUUCAGCUCUCUGAAGCUGGUGUACAUAUUCUCCGUCAACCCGUACCUGGGACCUCUGCAGGUCUCCCUGAGCCGCAUGGUGCUGGACAUCAUGAAGUUCUUCUUCCUCUACGUUUUAGUACUCUUCGCCUUCUCUUGCGGGCUGAACCAGUUGCUGUGGUACUACGCGGACAUGGAGAAGCAGCGCUGCCCCAAUGGAACAGCCACAUCCCCUCCCCCAGGCUCCAUGGACCCCAAGGACCCCGACGCCUGCGUGGUUUGGCGCCGGUUCGCCAACCUGUUCGAGACGACGCAAACCCUUUUCUGGGCCGUGUUUGGCCUGGUUGACCUCGACAACUUCGAGCUGGCCGGCAUCAAGAGCUUCACGCGCUUCUGGGGGAUGCUCAUGUUCGGCACCUACUCCGUCAUCAACAUCGUGGUGCUGCUCAACCUGCUCAUCGCCAUGAUGAACCACUCCUACCAGCUCAUUUCCGUAAGUUCUGAGCGGGCCGACGUGGAGUGGAAGUUCGCGCGGAGUAAGCUGUGGAUCUCGUACUUCGAAGAGGGCGGCACCGUGCCGCCGCCCUUCAACAUCGUGCCCACCCCCAAGAGCGUCUGGUACUUCAUCCAGUGGGUGCAGCGCCGCCUCUGCGGGCACUCCCGCGCCGCCAAGAAGGAGCACAUGCGCACCAUCCGGCGGAAGGUGAAGCAAGCGAGCGAGAGGGACUUCCGGUACCAGAGCAUAAUGCGCAACCUGGUGCGGCGCUACGUGACGGUGGAGCAGCGCAAGGCGGAGAACGAGGGCGUCACCGAGGACGACGUCAACGAGAUCAAGCAGGACAUCUCGGCCUUCCGCUGCGAGCUCAUCGAGAUCCUCAAGAACUCCGGCAUGAACACGUCCACGGCCGCCGGCAUGGGCACCGGCUCGGGCGGCAAGAAGAACCGGCAGAAGGAGCGCCGCCUGAUGAAGGGCUUCAACAUCGCGCCGGCGCCGCAGACGUCGGGCGCGCCGCUCGGCUCGGUGGCGGAGCUGAUGGCCAGCCUGGCGCACCACCAGUCGGUGGCGGCGGCGGCCGCGGCGGGCAUUGGCAGGUUCCACAUGAAGCGGUCGUCGUCGCACAAGCGGCGCUGGGGCACGCUGAUCGAGGCGGCGCGCUCGGGCCGUGUGAGCCGGCUGAUCGGCCGCAGCCGCUCCGAGGACUCGGUGUGCGGCUGCCACAGCCAGGGCUGCCCGCAGCACGGCCACGGCCAAGGACACGGCGCGUGCACGGUGGCGGCCGCUGGGGUGGCCAACAGCGCCAGCCCCGCCUCCACAGAGUCGCCGUCCGACUCGAACCCCAGCCUCAGCGAGGGCCUGCACCACCCGCACCACAACAGCUCCAGCACCAACGGAGGAGGCAGCGGGGGCGGGCCCCUCGCCGCGCUCAAGCGCAAGAGGAAGAAGUUCUCCGCGUCGCGCGCCGUCGACGCUGUCGAGGUGCCUGCAGGUGCGAGCGCGCUGUCGCCGUGUUGCGGCCGCCGCCAGCUGCAGCUGCAGAGGGCAUCCAGCGUGCCGACGCGCUCCUGCGAGGCCGUGCUGGCCGCGCCGCCGCCCGCGCACCACCCCCACCCCCACCGCCACCACCUGCAGCAGCCGCCGCAGCCGCCGCAGUCCGUGCAAGUGUCGACGACGACGAGCGGCGAUGCGCGGCUCGUGCGUCACGAUCAGAGUGCAAAUUUCCACCAGGAUGCACAGCAGCAAUGUCAAGAACCACAGGUGUCAUCAAGCUCAACUACAACGGCGACAUCAACAACAGAGACAGACACGACUGUCAUUUCUGGUGAGCAGCAGCAGCAACAGGGAGUGACUAAGCUGCCACGCAAUGGCUCUGUGGUGGUGGCAGCACUGCCACACCUGCCGGGAAUCCAGCCACUCAGUGGACACGACGGCUCAGCUGGUUGGCUGUGA